AUGGCGCGACCUCGAGUGCGCACAGUGCCGCCGUGGGUAACGCUCGACGAUGACGACUUUGACAACUCGUCCACCAGCGAGGCCCGGCUCAACAGCCCCGUCAGCAGCCCCCUCAAUGCCCCCGAGCCGACCGCACAACCCCGUCCGGGGCUCACGAAGCGCGUCUCGCGCGACGGCUACGAGGAAUGGGUCGACGAGCGCCUGCUGAAGACGUCCAAACUGCCGCCGUGGAUGCGCAAACGCAGCGACCGCCCCGGCCGCCGCUGGGAUCACCUCCGGACCAACGAGCCCGUCAUCAUGGGCACCGGCUACCGCCCGCCCGGCGUCGACCCCUAUGCAAAGUGGCGCGACUUCAUGCGUGACAACCCCUACCCGCCCGUGCGCGGCGACUACGAGAUCGUGCCCUACGACUUCCUGGCCGAGAUGCCCCAGGGCCGCGACACCAUCCACGACAUCCAAAUCCCCUCCAACAAGCCGUCCAAGAAGCAGAGGUUCCUCGGCCGCCUGUGGAGCUGGGCCCUGCGGCAUCCGUUGGCACAGCUGAUCUUCCGCCUGCUGGUCCUGGGGGCUACCAUCUCCUCGCUGGCCGUGUCCACCAGCUUAUACCAGCGCUCGCCCUGGAGGACCUCGCCCAACGAGGCCGAGAAGAACCAGAUCAUCAUGGCCAUCAUCGUGGACUGCAUCGCCAUUCCCUACAUCCUAUACAUGACGUGGGAUGACUUCGCCGGGAAGCCGCUGGGCCUGAGACCACCCAUACAAAAGAUUACGCUCACUUUACUCGACCUUUUCUUCAUCAUUCUCAAAUCUGCCAGUACAGCGCUGGCUUUUCAGACGCUCGAGAUUCGGACGGAUGCGGCCACGCAAGGGCUGGCCACAACCCUGGCCUCCAUGCUGGCUGUUGGCUUGGUGUCUUGGGUGGCAAAUUUCACCAUCAGUGUACUACGUAUAGUCGAACGCCUGGGCGGCGUAGAAGAAGGGCCAGCCAAGCAGCGGCAAUAG